UAUAACUUCACAGAAAAGUUUAAUACAGUAACUUGCCCUAGUAUUACUCAAGUACAUAGUAGGCCCUUGAUACAUGUAGAUUAGUUCAACAUAUGACCUUUUAUACUUUAGUGUGCUCUAGAAUGUUCAUAUAAACAAGGGGUUCUAGAUUAAUUUAAAGACGAUUUAAAAAAGGCUGCAAAAGUUAAAUCAGUAUACUAAAUAUUUAAUUGUGUACCUUAAAACAUUAAAAAAAAUCACUAAGUUUUCCAGUGAUGUUACACAGUAUUUUAAAUGGUUUAAUCAGAAAUGGUACAGCAUGAGUGUAUUUGUGAUGUUAGUUUAGACAAUACCUAAUGAUGAGGACCAGUGAAAUGUUAUAUACCACUGUGGAAUUGUUAAACCAUUGUAGGAAGAAAUUUGACAGUAUCUUGUUCUUACCCUUUGAUCAAGUAACUGUAUUGAUGUUGAUCCUAAAAAAAUGAUUAGAAAUGUGUCUAAAUUUAUGAUAGAAAAUGUUAAUAAUCAUUAUAAUGUCAGUGAAAUUAAAUAGCAUUAAUAGAAUAGUUUAAAGACGGUACAUUCUGAAGGAAAAUAAUGCAUCACUGAAGAUCUGUGUAUUCAUAAUAACAUGGGAAAAUAUUCAUGAAAGCGUACAUGCACCAUUUAAAAAAAACCCUAAUUUCUGAACAUAUCUGUUCUGCACUUUGGAGGGUAAGAUCUUAAGGAAAUAAAAAUGACGUGCCGGCUCUGGGGUUAGAACUACUUCAAAUCCCGGUUUUGCUAGCUGUAGGAUUCUGAGCAAGUUCCUUUACGUCUCAGUAAUCUAGCUGUGAAUUGGGAAAAUCAAGAGUACCUCCAUCAUGAGGUGUGGAGGUUAAAUGAAAGUGUUUAGCGCGCCGCCUAAAUAAAUGUUACGAUGUCUUCCUGCAUUUCUGAGAGUAGCGGAAAAUAGGAAAUUAAUAUUCAGAAAUGGGAUGACUUAAGCGAAAGCUCCGCGAGGCAAAAGGGAUUUAACCUAACUUGCCAACUUGCCUUGUCCAAACGCUUGGGAUUUUGAUUAGGCCACGCGAGGCCGUGGUGACCUGAGCUCUACCUUUCCCCUGAGCGCGCAGAAUACGCUCUCGCAGGGGUGGCGGCCCGGUGGGUUUGACUCCCGUAUUCCAGGGAUGUUUUACUCACCCGCCGCCCCCCCCCCCCCCCGCCAAUUAAGGACUCAGAGUCGUCCCCCUGUUCUCUCCCUUGGGCGUCGCGUAAAGCUCGACCUGUCCCCAUCCGGAGCAGAGCAGGAGGCGUGGAGAGUGGCGGGGGCCGCGACCACGCACUCCAUCCCUCCGCCGGCUCGCGUCACAAAGACUACAGUCCCCAGCGGGCCCCGCGAGCUCUGGAUGUCCCGCAGGGAGGGCCCGGCGGCUGCGCGGGGCUGUAGUUUCUCCCGUGCUCGGGCACAGCCUUUCUUUUCUCCUCCGCGAUACAGGCGGUUACUGGCUGCUGCAGCUUCCCCCUGAUUUCCGAAAAAGGCUACUCGCCAGUGGAGUCCGGCCCCUCGUAGGGGACGGCGCGCGACCCUGGCCAAGAGGGCGGAGCGGGGCGACGCGCUAGGCCUCGCAGGGGGUAGUGACCUCCGGCACGUCGUGCUGCAGUCCCCUCAGCCGGCCGCGGGAGGAGAGCGAGAGGGGAGGGGGAGGGGGCGGGGGCCGCGCACGCGCGGCGGGGCCUUGGGCGGGGCCUUGGGCGACAGCAGCCUGCGGACAGUCCGCCGGUCCGCGGCUGUGUGGGUAGCUGCCCGGCCGGCGGGGCUGAGACGCGAGAGGUUGAUGGGGGUGGCCUCGACCUCAGUCUGUAGCAGAGCUUCAGUCACACCAACGGAGAUGGUGUCCUGGGUGAGGACGAUGGGGGAGAAGCUGAAGCAGCGGCUGCGGCUGGACGUGGGACGCGAGAUCUGCCGCCAGUACCCGCUGUUCUGCUUCCUGCUGCUCUGCCUCAGCGUCGCCUCCCUGCUCCUCAACAGGUAUCUUCAUGUUUUAAUGAUCUUCUGGUCAUUUGUUGCUGGAGUUGUUACAUUCUAUUGCUCAUUGGGACCGGAUUCUCUCUUACCAAAUAUAUUCUUCACAAUAAAAUACAAACCCAAGCAGUUAGGACUUCAAGAAUUAUUUCCUCAAGGUCGUAGCUGUGCUGUUUGUGGUAAAGUGAAAUGUAAACGACAUAGGCCUUCCUUACUACUUGAAAACUACCAGCCGUGGCUAGAUCUGAAAAUUUCUUCCAAGGUUGAUGCAUCUCUCUCAGAGGUUCUUGAAUUAGUGUUGGAAAACUUUGUUUAUCCGUGGUACAGGGAUGUAACAGAUGAUGAGUCCUUUGUUGAUGAAUUGAGAAUUACGUUACGGUUUUUUGCAUCUGUCUUAAUUCGAAGGAUUCACAAGGUGGAUAUUCCAUCUAUUAUAACCAAGAAAUUAUUAAAAGCAGCAAUGAAGCAUAUAGAGGUGAUAGUUAAAGCCAGUCAGAAAGUAGAAAAUACAGAGUUUUUACAGCAAGCUGCUUUAGAAGAAUAUGGUCCAGAGCUUCAUGUGGCUUUGAGGAGUCGAAGAGAUGAAUUACACUAUUUAAGGAAACUUACUGAACUACUUUUUCCUUAUAUUUUGCCUCCUAAAGCAACAGACUGCAGAUCCCUGACCUUACUUUUAAGAGAGAUCCUUUCCGGUUCGGUAUUCCUUCCUUCUUUGGAUUUCCUAGCUGAUCCAGAUACUGUGAAUCAUUUGCUUAUCAUCUUCAUAGAUGACAGUCCACCUGAAAAAGCAACUGAACUGCCUUCCCCCUUGGUUCCAUUCUUGCAGAAAUUUGCAGAACCUAGAAAUAAAAAGCCGUCUGUGCUGAAGUUAGAAUUGAAACAAAUCAGAGAGCAGCAAGAUCUCUUAUUUCGUUUUAUGAACUUUCUGAAACAAGAAGGAGCGGUGCAUGUAUUGCAAAUAUGUCUGACUGUGGAGGAAUUCAAUGAUAGAAUUUUACGACCAGAGUUAUCAAAUGAUGAAAUGCUUUCUCUUCAUGAAGAAUUGCAGAAGAUUUAUAAAACAUAUUGUUUGGAUGAAAGUAUAGACAAAAUUCGAUUUGAUCCCUUUAUUGUAGAAGAGAUUCAAAAAAUUGCUGAAGGCCCAUAUAUAGAUGUUGUUAAACUUCAGACUAUGAGAUGUCUUUUUGAAGCAUACGAACAUGUACUGUCUCUUUUGGAGAAUGUGUUUACUCCUAUGUUCUGCCACAGUGAUGAGUAUUUCAGGCAACUUUUAAGAGGUGCAGAAUCACCAACACGCAAUUCAAAAUUGAACAGAGGUAGCCUAAGUUUGGAUGAUUUUCGGAGCACACAGAAAAGAGGAGAAUCAUUUGGAAUCAGCAGAAUAGGUAGCAAAAUUAAAGGAGUAUUUAAAAGUACAACAAUGGAAGGAGCUAUGUUGCCUAAUUAUGGGUUAGCUGAAGGUGAAGAUGACUUUAUUGAAGAAGGUAUUGUUGUAAUGGAAGAUGAUUCUCCAGUGGAAGCUGUGAGCACACCUAAUACUCCCCGAAACCUUGCUGCAUGGAAAAUUAGCAUUCCAUAUGUAGACUUUUUUGAAGAUCCUUCCUCUGAAAGGAAAGAGAAAAAGGAGAGAAUACCUGUGUUUUGUAUUGAUGUCGAAAGAAAUGAUAGAAGAGCAGUUGGGCAUGAGCCUGAACAUUGGUCUGUCUAUAGAAGAUAUCUAGAAUUCUAUGUACUUGAAUCAAAACUAACAGAAUUUCAUGGCACAUUUCCUGAUGCCCAGCUUCCUUCCAAGAGGAUCAUUGGCCCCAAAAAUUAUGAAUUCUUAAAGUCAAAGAGAGAAGAGUUUCAGGAAUAUUUACAGAAACUUCUGCAGCAUCCAGAACUGAGUAAUAGUCAACUUCUGGCAGAUUUUCUCUCCCCCAAUGGUGGAGAAACACAGUUUCUUGAUAAGAUACUACCAGAUGUAAAUCUUGGGAAAAUUAUAAAGUCUGUUCCUGGAAAACUAAUGAAAGAGAAAGGUCAGCAUUUGGAACCUUUCAUCAUGAAUUUCAUUAAUUCUUGUGAAUCUCCAAAGCCUAAACCAAGUAAACCGGAACUGACCAUUCUCAGCCCUACUUCAGAAAACAACAAGAAGCUUUUCAGUGAUCUGUUUAAGAAUAAUGCAAACCGUGCUGAGAAUACAGAAAGAAAGCAAAAUCAGAAUUAUUUUAUGGAGAUGAUGACUGUAGAAGGAGUCUAUGAUUACCUGAUGUAUGUAGGACGGGUGGUUUUCCAAGUUCCUGACUGGCUUCAUCAUCUCUUAAUGGGAACUCGAAUCCUGUUUAAAAACACCCUGGAAAUGUAUACUGACUACUAUCUUCAUUGUAAACUAGAACAGCUGUUUCAGGAGCACCGUUUGGUCUCACUCAUAACACUUCUCAGAGAUGCUGUGUUCUGUGAAAACACUGAACCUCGCUCUCUCCAAGAUAAGCAAAAACGAGCAAAACAGACUUUUGAAGAAAUGAUGAAUUAUAUUCCAGAUCUGAUAGUCAAGUGUAUUGGUGAAGAAGCCAAGUAUGAAAGCAUCAGACUUCUGUUUGAUGGCUUACAACAGCCAGUUCUCAAUAAGCAGCUGACUUAUGUUUUAUUGGACAUUGUGAUACAAGAACUAUUUCCAGAGCUCAAUAAGGUACAAAAAGAAGUUACCUCUGUGACAUCCUGGAUGUAAACAUUUGGAUUUGGGAAAGAAUAACCAGAUAGAUAACAAAUUUCUGCUGUAUUAGUGUAGUAUUUUCUUUCUUUUACUUUGUAUAUUCUUGUAUAUAUCAUGUAAUCCAGUGUCUGAAAUUUUGAUUUUUUUUUUUGUUUUAAUAAAGACUAACACAAACUUAAUGGUCACAAGUGAUUGGGUUUCAUAGUCUUUAAUUUUUUUUAACCUGUUAUCCAAAUUUUGUUAGAACAUCUGUCAUUUGUUACUGCCAUUUUAAAAGAGGUAAUUCAUAAUCCUCUUAGGGCAAAGAGAUAAAACCAAUAGUCUUUGUAUUGUAUCAUUUUGAAAAUAAUUAUGUUUAGUAUGGGGAAACAGGAGUAAGAUCUGAUUUGCUUUCUUAUUUAGAGUUAAUACAUUUUAGUAGAUUUUUUUCUUUUUACUUUCAUUUUCUAUUAGUUAACUACAUGUCUAUAAAGAAGACAUUCUUUAUGAGUUUUUCAUAAGAAACAAAGGACUUCUCCUUACUCUUCCUGGAUUGACAGAUUAUAGCCCUCUUUAGGUGUGAAAACUGACUACUUACAGAUAUUUGUGAUUGUGGGGUUGCAACUACAUUUCACGGAAUGGAUGUAGUAGCUAUAUUCCAAAAUCUUAUGUAAACAAUUGAGUCAAGGAGAUUUUCGGUUUAUGUCUGUUGUCUCUCCAAAUGGAAAAUACGGAAUUAAUUUUAUUUCUUGAGGAAAGUUAAUUUAAAAUAUUAAGAGCCAGUGUUGAGAAUUCUACUCAGAGUUCCCUCCCAUGCUCUACUUUUCUCCUUGAAACAAAUUUGUCUUUCAAGAUUGAGAGUUUUGUGUUUGCUAAUUGGUUGUAGCAUUCAUUCAGAAUAUACUUACUGAGUUUCAGCUAUGUAUUAGAUACUAAGUUGAGUAAUAUGAAACUAAAUAUAAUUUGGAAAUCUAACCUAUUUAAUACUAUUCACUUAUUUUUUUCCCAAGGUUUUAAAAAAUGGUUAUUAGGUAUUGUAAUUUUUGAAAAGGUUUUGUCAGUAGUUUUAUUAUAUUUUCAAUUGCUUGAAACUUCUAGAAUAUAUAUGAGUUUCUGUGAAUCAGUGCUUUAAUACCAAGCCUUAAGCAUUUACUGAUUUCUCAGGGACAGGUGGAAGAGUAAUCAGGUUAACUCUUCACAUUUAAAUCCAUAGCAUUUUAAACACUGUUAUUUAAAAUGUCACAGUAAACUGAAAAAAUAAAAUAUUUUACAGCCCUUUAUAUGCCAUUCUUACCUACUUUCCUAUAAAUUGUGAUAUUCUCUUUAUUUAGAUGAGAAAAAUGUUAGGAGUGCAUCAUUCUGCUUGGGCUGCCAUAACAAAAUACCACAGACUGGGUGGCUUAAACAACAAAUUUAUUUUUCACAGUUCUAGAGGCUAGAAGUCCAAGAUGAGGUGCCGACAAGGUAGGUUUCAUUCUGAGGCCUCUUCUUUUGGUUUGCAGUUGGCCACCAUCUAACAUGUGCCCCUGACCUCUUUGUGUAGGUGUGUGGGAAGAGAGAAAGAGAUCUCUCUCUCUCCUUCUUAUAAGGCCACCAGUCCUGUUGGAUUAGGGUUCUACUCUUACAACUUUAUUUAACCUUAAUUACCUCAUAAAGGCCCCAUCUCCAAAUAUGGAGAAUUUUUGUGUUAAAGCGGUUUUGGGUUUCAACAUGAGAAUUUUUUUUUUUAAGAUUUUAUUUUUUUAUUAGAGAGCACGAGUGGGGAGAGAAGCAGAGGGAAGAGGGAGAAGCAGACUCCCCGAGGAGCAGGGAGCCCAACAAGUGACUCAAUCCCAGGACUCCAGGGUCAUUACCUAAGCUGAAGGCAGACACUUAACUCAUUGAGCCACCCAGGUGCCCCCAACAUAAGAAUUUUAGGAGGAUAUACUUCAAUUAAUAGUGGGUGAGCUCUAUUUAAAGAAAAUGUGAUGUAUAAAAAUCGACACAUACAAAAGUAACCGUUGACAUUAUAAAAGGAAAAGGAGCUAGAUGCAGUCUCUGUCAACCAGGCAUUUUAUAUACAUUAUCACAUUUUAUCAUCCAUCACAGUAAUUGUGAGAUGAUAUUAUUUCUAUGUUAUAGGUAAGGAUAUUGAAGCCAGAGAGAAUAGUGAAGUUAGAAUUCAAACUUAGAUUUGUCUCUCACUUGAUGUGCUUGUCAGUGUUGCCCCAUAAAAGAAGCUUUUAUUUCCAAAAGUAGGCAUUCUUUGGAUCCUUUUUAAAAGUAUGUUCCCCAGUCAUUUGAAAUAUUUUACUUUGUUCAUUACUUUCUAUCCAUCUUUAUGUGUGUCCUCUAGUACAAGAGCUUCACAUUUUGGAAAUGUGUUUAUAGAAACAACUAUCAGUGUUUCU